AUGGCUCCGAUUCCACCCUUUGCCGUUGAGCAGUGGAUGGACGAAUACGAAACAAAAUGCAAAUACCAAAUGGCGGAAACAUGCUGUGCAUCGAUAUCGAUCAACGAACUAGUCGAACUAUCCGACAACAAACAGAUCAAACCCAGCGACCUCAUCGACCUAUCCUCUGCACAAGGCUACGGGACCACCAGGGGAAGCAAUGAGCUCCGAAACAACCUCAGCGCCCUCUACUCCAGCAAAGUCGGAACGCCCCUAUCCCCAGACAACGUCCUCAUAACGCCCGGAGCCAUCGCCGCCAACCACCUCGUCCUCUACUCCCUCACAGGCCCCGGCGACCAUGUCAUCUGCCACUACCCAACCUACCAACAACUCUACUCCAUCCCCGCCACCCUCGGAGCCGAAGUCGACCUGUGGAAAUCCAACCCAGCAAACAACUGGCUCCCGGACUUCGAAAGCCUCAAAUCCCUCAUAAAAGAAAACACCAAACUCAUCAUCUUGAACAAUCCACAAAACCCCACCGGCGCCAUCCUCCCCAGAUCCCUCCUCCAGAAGAUCAUCGACCUCGCCGAAUCCAAGCAAAUCACCAUCCUCUCCGACGAAGUCUACCGGCCCUUAUUCCACGGCAUCACGCCCAUGGACAAGGACUUCCCGCCUUCGAUCCUCUCCAUGGGCUACAAGAACACCAUCGUUACAGGUAGUCUCUCGAAAGCGUACAGCCUAGCCGGCCUCCGCGUCGGCUGGAUUGCGAGUCGAAGCCCAGAGAUUAUCGAGGAGUGCGCCAAGACGAGAGAUUACACGACCAUUUCCGUCUCGCAGCUCGAUCAGUCCGUGGCUGCGUUUGCACUGUCUCAAGACACGAUCCACUCGCUGCUGAGUCGGAAUAUCCAACUUGCGAAGGCGAAUCUGGAGCUUUUGGAGCGGUGGAUCAUCAAGCAUGAUGAGUACUGCUCGUGGACGAAGCCGGUGGCUGGCACGACGGCGUUCAUCAAGUUUGAGCGGGAUGGGAAGCCGAUCGAUGCGGCGGCAUUGUGCAAGGACCUGCAGGAGAAGACUGGCGUGAUGAUAUUGCCGGGUGACGUCGGGUUCGGUGAAGAGUUCAAGGGGUACGUGAGGGUGGGCUACGUGAACAAGACGGAGAUCGUGAAGGAAUCAUUGGAGGAGAUGAGGAAAUACAUGAGGAAAGGGUAUGAUGAUUUGCCGCUCAGUGCAUGA